GCACCCCAAUUGAGGUUUGAAUGGCCGAGUACAAGCUUGUCGUCUGCGGGCAUGGUGGCGUGGGUAAGUCUGCGCUGACGGUCCGGUUCAUCCAGGGCAACUUCCUGGAAAAGUACGACCCGACCAUCGAGGACUCGUACCGCAAGCAGGUCGAGGUUGAUGGCGUGGCGUGCUUGCUGGACAUCCUCGACACGGCUGGGCAGGACGAGUACUCGGCGCUCCGCGACGCAUACAUGAAGACUGGACAGGGUUUUGUUAUCGUCUACGACAUCACAGACACGCUCUCGCUCGACACGGUGACCAAUCUCCGCGAGAAGAUCCUGCGGACAAAGCAGGCGGCCGACGUGCCUAUCAUGCUGGUGGGCAACAAGGUUGAUCUCGAGGACAAGCGCGUGGUGGCGAAGUCCAAGGGUGAGGAGCUUGCGCAGGAGUACAAGUGCUCGUUCAUGGAGACAUCAGCCAAGACGAACCACAACGUCAAGGAGUUGUUUGAGCAGCUCGUCCGCGAGAUCAACCAGUACCAGGACCGCAACCCGGCGGCGAGCUCGUCCAAGUCGGCCGGCGGAUCGUCCAAGAAGAAGGGCGGCUGUGCGCUGCUCUGAGCUCGCGAGGCCUCUCCCUUCUGCUGCCGCGCCCUCGCUGCCGUGCCUUUCCUCUCCAUUGAACACACACACACACCUCAA